AUGAAAGAAACAUCUGUUCUUGAUGAGCUUAACAAUAUCUUAGUAGAGUUGGAGAAACAUCUUACUCCCAUCCUAACUGAGAAAACAAUCGAGCUUAACAAAAAAGCGACUCCUCUCGAAAAUAACAACUCUGCACAAGAGAUACACAAUCUUGAGGAAUCCAUUAAAAUCAACGCUGUUAAAGCGUAUGUAAGAUUGGCAACUUAUCUUUUAGCUAUAGAAACCUCCCAAAUUUUUAAAACUACGUUCAAAACAAAAAUAUCAAUAGAACUUGACGACAUAAACAUUCCAUUUAAUGAACAAGAAAUUCUAGGAAAAAUAAAAAACCUAGGACUGACAGACUCCCAAUCUCACAAACUAGUGAAUCUGGUGAUUAAAAAACCUUACACGACCCGUUUUCCCGGUCUCGAGAGAACUAUUCUCAGAAAGAUACUUAUGAGAGGGGAUUCUGACAAAAGCAGAAUCAUACAUGAAAUCGAUCAUAUUCCAUUUCUGAACAGCAGAAUUGAUACCCCAGGCAUAGAUGGAAUAGCAUUUUGGUCUACUCCUCCAAUCUCGGCAACGAAAACGAAGGAUCAAGCUCUAAGGUACCUAAAAAGAGAACUAGAAGUUAUGCACCAAUAUAUUUCUAUCGCCAAAGGUAAAACUGACCAAGCAAUCCGUCGAAAAGGGGCUAAAAACCUUAAUGAUCGAGAACUCUUACGAAGAGAACUAAAAGCACCAUGA